ACAGUCACGUCCUCCAGCGCAUCAUGGGCACCAACAAGUCCCCCCGUAUUCUUGUAAUGCUAUUCGCAACUUUCGCCUCUUGUUUCCAGAGUAAUGCAAGUGAUACUGGUGAAACGUACAGGUCAUUGCUCGGAACACAAAGUCAAGACAGGCCACCGCGUACUAACUCAGUCACAAAGUCAGCAGAGAAAUCAGCAGAUUAUAUGUUACGUCUUCUUCAGAUGUUUGGUCCCAUCAAAGGAAACACUCUGCUCGGUUUCACAGAUAUUGAUGGCACGAGUGACAGGCAUUUGAAAUUCAAUAUUUCAGUUAGGACGAAAGUGCUGACAUUUGCCGAGCUUCAGCUUUACAAACUUCCCCAUGAUCAGAGUAACCAAAACUUCAUCCCCACAGCGUCAGUCUUCAUCUUUGACAUUUACAGUGGACAGCGGUUGUCAUCUCAGACCAUCUCCAUGGAAACAGUCGGUUGGAUGAACUUUACCUUGCCAUUGGAUGUCAUUAAUCAAUGGAAUGAAAAGCCAGAGCGAAACGCCGGAAUCAAAGUGAACGUCAGCGACACCACGAUGUCACCUUUAAUAAGAUUUGCGACAAAUGAAAUAAACUCAAGUUUGGAAAUGCUUCUUCUCAUUCAUACUACUGAUCUUUCUAAAAGUUUCCCAAAACUGGGCACCAAUUUCACAUCCAUUGCUAACCCGCUUCGGCGCAUGCGCAGGUCAUUACACCCCAACCAUAGAGGACCUUGUGGACGUCAUGAACUGAGCGUGCAAUUUAAAGACCUUGGAUGGGAUAAGUGGAUUAUUGCGCCACGCAUGUACUCGGCAUAUUAUUGCGCAGGAACGUGCAAAAAUGCUGACGUCAACAUAGAGACGACCAAUCACGCCCGGAUACAGUUAUUCUUAAGUGAACAUGAUUCGAACCCACCAGCUUCACCUUGCUGCGUCCCAGGAGAAUUAGGAUCCAUUGACCUGUUGUUCUACGGCGAACCAGGGCAGAGCACAUACAUCCUCAAGAAAAUGGAUGAAUUUGUAGUGAUGUCCUGUGCCUGUCUUUAAAGACGUGACACCACAGCUUACUAAGAUGAUUCUCUCACUCGCUCGCCAGGGAAGAGAAGAGCCACAAGAAAACCUGUUUUAUAUUUGAAGUCGGCAAGUUGUUCUGUAGAGUCGACUUCUUGUUGCACAAGACUCGUUAGACUUGCAGAUAUUGACCGGUCAGUGAUUUUGAAACAUGACGGAAAAAUUCAAAUUUAGUUGAAACUGAAACUCGCCAAGAUGACUGUAAUCGAUGUGAUUUUUUAGUUAUCAAAGCGAAAUUAAUUUAGUUUAGCUUUUCCCCUGUAUGGUUAACAAAUUUUGACAAAUGUCUGAUCGACCACAAACGUCAGCUUUUGUAAUCGUUACGGUGGCCAAUUUACCAUUUCAACUUUGUUGAUAUAUCCAAAUUACAAAUAAAGAAAGUUGUGUUGAUAUAAACAGUGCAACCUACAUUUCGGUGAAAAAGUAAAGAAUCAGGUUACAAGGCGUUGACAAGGAACCGUUUAAAAAUUGUAUUUUCACACAAGGUCUCCGAGAUAGAGUGCAGUGAAGUGGAGCACACAUUUAUUUACUAUGCAUAAUCAUUUUUAAACGCAAUUAUAAUGGUAAUUGAACUGAGUGGAGUGCAGUUUGGUCUGAAAUAAUGCUAGUGUUUUCAAAAUUCUACGAACGCUGUUUGUACAAAGUUGUCACUCAUUUCCCCCUUAUUUGAUUAGUUACUUUAAAUAGGUCUUGAAAUCUGAUUGGUUGUUAUUUUUUAGUAAGGGUCUCUCAUUGCCUCAUGCGAUUUACAGCAAAAAUACGCACCGAUCACGAGAGCCAAUCAGAUUGCGAGGAUCACCAGUAAUUUCAAAAUAGAUGUAAUAAAGUGGUAAAGUUCUGAAAGAGGAUAACUACGAAACUUUAACGCCCCAGGGAAAAGGUAGCCCGGUUAGGGUGGUGUCGAAUGUGCAAGCCAGGGAAACAGAGAGAGAGUUGAUGGGAACGCGUUUGAAUGUUGAUAUCGACAGUGAGUAGAGAGGGAAGAGCACAACACCAAAUGAUCCUGGAAUAAGAAAAUCAGUGUGGAAGAGCAAGCACCUUAACAAGCAACUCAAUUAAAAAGGACAAUUUACGGUUUUAUUGCACCCUGACAAAUACGAGUGUUCACAAUGCGACUUUUCACAAGUUAAGAGCGCUGUACAAUUAUUUCUAAACAAUGACUGUAUUUGUAUUUACAAUCUGAUUUUUUAAUAAUACUUGGAAGCGAUACUUAAAAGAACUUAAUAUUAUUUUUCACGAUUACAUUGACUCGCCUUUUGAUGCAAAAUAUCAUCCACUUAAAGACAUUUUUUUAACCUCUACAAAACUCCUUCUAUUGAAUUUUCAAGCCUCCUCCAAAUUGGCACAGAAUAGCCACGUUUCUGUCGAUUGUUCCGGGCGAUUGUAAAACAUGACAAGUUAAAUUUACUCUUUUGCGACUUGUUUAGCGUACAGUUGAGCGCGGAAAGUUUGCUAAAUAAUUAAAAAUAUAUUAAUGCUUUAACGAUUCACAAUUGUUGGUUGAUAAAAUCUGCGAAAGUGAUAAGAAUCAGGCUGGCCCGAGCAAUUAGAAAAAUUUACUUUUCCCCGAAAUGUUUUAAUUCCUAAACAUAAAUUAGAAUUUCUUGUUACCUUUUUUUGCUUUUAUUUUGGUAUAAUUUUGUGGUAAAUAAAUUUUGCUCGAGCAAGUUACAAUUCUUCAGAAAACAUCUUGUGAAUGUAAAGCUAGAAAAACAGUUUGCUCCCAGCUGCCGACGCAAUCAGCUAGAAUCAGAUUAUGACAGUCUCGUGCUGCAAUGAUUGACCUUGUAAAUAAAAUUUUCUGACUGUCAUGUCAAGACAGUUGCACAUUCGGACCGCUCAAAAAUAACAAGUCUCUAAAUCAAGACACGUCUGUCUUUCCGAGUAUAUCUAUUUCCUCCUAAAUAUCUACCCACGAAUUUAAGAAAAUAUUUAUUAAGCCUCGAUUGAACUUUUGCUCAGC